AUGGAAAAAGAGUUGCAAGAUUUUAAUCCAGAACUAAUGGAUAGUGAUGUGACCGAGACUGAUGAUCAGCAAACACCAACCAACCUUAUGACUGAUGAGAUGUGCAACUUAACAAGGACGAAAUCUCUGGAAUGGUCUGACGAGGGAGACUUAACAGAUAUGGAUUACAUUACAGACUCCAGUGAUUACCUUUCCUCACUAUCUGACUUGUCAGAAGUGACUGAGAAUCUUGCUGCUCAAGAAGAAAUCGUUUGGGAUGAAUCUUUUCAGAACUUGUCAGAAUUAUCACUGAGCAGGGCGAUGUCAACCUCUUUAGUGAAACCCUCUGUCGUCCAGGAAAAGGUAACUAGGCAGGAACGGUUACAUAUGUAUGAACUUCGGCACCAUCUUAAUACUUUGAAUACAAACUUAGAAAAAGCUGAAAAGCUUGUCAGUGAGAAACGUGAAGAAUUGAAAAAAUGCAAUGAGACUAUUGAGAAUCUGCAGGCUGAAGAGGAAAAUGUUUUUAAGGAACUCCAGGAAGCUGAAAAAGAGAACAAAAUAACUGCUUAUAAGGAAGAGCUGAAAGCAUGGAGGGCAAAAAAGAAUGAAGAAAUGAAAAUGAGUCAACACAUUCGUGAAAUCAAGCAAAAAGAACUGCAGUUGAAAUUAAGAUCUGCUGAGGCCCAGAAAGCAAAAGCCAGCACGGCAAAGUUUCUCAGGGCAACAAUUGAAAACCAACAACCUCUCUCAUUCCCUCUGUGUGUAUGUGUAUGUCUCUCUCUAUUUAUGUCUUUGUGUCUUUCUUUCUCUCCCUGCCUCUCUCUCUCUUUACAUGUAUGUCUCUUUCAUUCUCUAUGUGCCUCCCUCUCUCUUUCAUUUUCUAUGUGCUUCUCUCUCUUUCUGUGUGCAUAUUCAUACCUGCUUGUCUCUCUGUACAUCUCUCUAAUUUUGUGUGCACAUCCCUCUUCCCAUAUCUUUCUUUCCUUGCUUCUCUCUCUCUCUCUCUGCCCUUGUCAUUGUGUGUCUGUCUGUAUAUGCAAGAGCACUAAGGAAGCUUUACAAUGA